AACGCACGCUUCAACGAGGUGCUGGACCGAGAAAAUUUGCGUUCGCUCAUCAGCCGGCAGCUACCGAAGCAGGGCCGAUUCUUCGAAGAGUUCGACGGAAUGAUUCCACAAACAUGCCGGCACAAGGGCCGUAAAUUCGAGUGCGGACUAUCACUCUCCUGCGUACUCGGUGGUGGCAAACCGCUCGAUCUCUGCUCGGGUGGUAUGAUUUGGUCCUGCUGCAUCGAUCGCGACUUUGCACCGGAAAGUGAUCCCGAACAGGGUGCCGUCCACAAUGCUAGCUGCGGGGAGCUGUACACACGCACAAACCGUAUCGUUGGUGGUCACUCGAGCGGUUUCGGGACACAUCCUUGGCAGGCGGCACUCAUCAAAUCAGGCUUUCUUACGAAGAAGCUUAGUUGCGGUGGCGCAUUGGUAUCCAAUCGAUGGGUUGUCACUGCUGCCCAUUGCGUCGCAACGACCCCGAAUAGCAACCUCAAGGUGCGACUGGGAGAGUGGGAUGUUCGGGAUCAGGAAGAGCGUCUGACACAUGAGGAGUACUCGAUCGAACGGAAGGAAGUACAUCCAAACUACUCGCCGAGUGACUUCCGGAAUGAUAUAGCUUUGGUAAAACUUGAUCGUAAGGUUGUGUUCCGACAACACAUACUACCAGUCUGCUUACCACCCAAAACCGUGAAGCUGGUAGGGAAAAUGGCUACCGUUGCAGGCUGGGGACGAACACGGCAUGGCCAGAGCACAGUUCCAUCAGUGCUACAGGAAGUCGACGUGGAAGUGAUACCGAACGAACGAUGUCAACGAUGGUUCCGAGCGGCCGGGCGUCGUGAAACCAUUCACGAUGUGUUCCUGUGUGCCGGCUACAAGGAGGGAGGUCGGGAUAGUUGCCAGGGAGACUCCGGAGGGCCGCUCACACUUUCGAUCGAGGGACGAAAAACGCUAAUUGGACUUGUGUCGUGGGGUAUUGGGUGCGGCAGGGAGCAUCUGCCCGGUGUGUACACCAACAUCCAGAAGUUUGUACCCUGGAUCGAGAAGGUGAUGGGCAAGGAAUAUUAG